GCCGCCCCCGGCUCACGCGUUCCGCCCCGCUCCCCCGCCCCUACAACAGGGGUUCCCCACACCCCUCUGUUGUCGGGGGCUGAGCCCAUCCUGCGGCCGGGCCUCGGGGCUGCCUCGGAGUGCGGUCCGAUCAGUUUCCCCAUGGAAGGUGAAGAAGAGGCCUCCGUGAACGAUGGGGACAACCGGGAGCUCCUGAAAGAAGAGAGUGAGAAGGGAGCUGAGGGAGCAGCAGCCACGGAGGAGCCAGCUGGGACCAGGGAUACUGGGGACGGCGGUGCCCCCCCGGGGCUCCUGCAGAUGGACAGGGGCAUGCAGUGCUCCAGCUGUGUGGAAGGUGGAACAAACACUCUCCUGAAGCCCUCAGCUGCCUCAAUGGACAGGCAAAGGACCCCUGAGCUCUCAACCCUUGACAGUUUCCCCCUGAAGCACUCAAACACACUGACAAACAGGCAGCGAGGCAAUGAGAUUUCAGCCCUCCCAGCCACCCUGGACACGUUGUCCAUCCACCAGCUAGCUGCCCAAGGUGAGCUCAGCCAGCUGAAAAAGCAUCUUCGGAAAGGUGAGAACUUGGUAAAUAAACCUGAUGAGAGAGGCUUCACACCACUGAUCUGGGCUGCAGCCUUUGGAGAGAUCGAAACAGUCCGUCACCUGCUGGAAUGGGGUGCUGACCCACACAUGCUGGCAAAGGAGAGGGAGAGUGCCCUGUCCCUGGCCAGCAUGGGUGGCUACACUGACAUCGUCAUCAUGCUGCUGGAGAGGAAUGUGGACAUCAACAUCUACGACUGGAAUGGUGGUACUCCUCUGCUCUACGCCGUGCGUGGCAAUCACGUCAAGUGUGUCGAGGCCCUUUUAGCUCGUGGUGCUGACCUGACGACAGAAGCAGAUUCUGGCUACACCCCGAUGGAUCUGGCUGUGGCUCUGGGACACAAGAAAGUCCAACAGGUUAUUGAAAAUCACAUCCUCAAGCUAUUUCAGAACAAGGGGCUGGAGUGACACAGCAGCUCAUGCUGCACUGCGCUUCUCUGGGCCGAUGCAGGGCUCUCCUCAGGGACCAACGUGGUCUGACCCAGUGGUCCCAAAAUGGGCAGCAGCAAGAUGCUUCUUGCAAGGAGCACGUGGAGGAAGUUGGUGAACUGCAGCAGGUUUCUGCCACUCCUGGAAGGUGGCACUGCCUCAAUGCCUUGCACCUAGGGACACUCACUCCUCAGGACAGCUGCAUUUUUGCUCUGUCCAGGCUCAGCUGCUUUGUGCGUGCAUUCAGGUAUUGCAUUUUUGGAAAUAAACUCUAAAGCAGCCACGUGGA